AUAUGAUGAGCUACCUAGAGAGUCAUAAUAAUAAUAAUACCCUUCCAUUUCAUCAAAUAUCCCAUCACCCCCACCCACAUCUCUCUUCCUCUCUCUCUCUCUAUUUAUCAAAAAUACAGUACUACUGUGUUAACCUUCUUCUCUCUUUCCCCUAAUGUCUGCAGAGGGAUUUGAAGCAGCAUAUCAUGUCCCACAACAAAGCCGAAGAGAUAAACUUCGAGGCGAUACUAAUUUCCUCCCUAAUUUUUACAAUAACAAUCCAUUUCUCCUUAACCCUUCUGAUUUCCUUUUAAUUUCUCAUAACAAUAAUAAAGAUAAAUCUAUGGAUCCACAAAUAUCCUCCUCUUUUCAAGAAAUUAACAAUUAUCCUCUCCUCUACAAUACAAAUCAAAGUAAUCAACUCCGAUUUCUUCACGGUAUUGGCGUUGUAUAUAAACAAGAACAAGUAUCAUCGACACAUGAGCCACCAAAUAAUAAUAGUACUAGUAAUUAUGUUGGUAAUACGGGUCAAGGAUUGUCUUUAUCAUUAUCAUCUCAUAAUCAACCUCAUAAUCAUAAUUACCAAAGGAGCAGUAAUAAUAAUAGUUCUAUUCCGCUAGAGCUGAACUCGUCAUUAUUUACAACUGUGGCCGCGGCUGAUUGUUGUAAUAAUGAGUUGUUGUUGUCAUCGAAGAGUUGUAGUAGUAGUACUAUUCUUGGUCCUUUUGGUGGGUAUGCUUCAAUUCUCAACAGAUCAAGAUUCUUAAAGCCUGCACAACAAUUAAUGGAAGAAAUUUGUGGGAUUUAUGCUCAGAAAUUGUUAGAAGCUGAUGAUGAUUCUGUAGGAGUGAUGGAUCCUUCAACAGAUGCACCUCAUGAUGAUAAUGGAAGUGAGCAUAGAAGGAACAAGUCCAAGUUAAUUUCAAUGCUAGAUGAGGUAUAUAGAAGGUACAAGGAAUACUAUCAGCAACUACAAGGAGUAGUGUCAUCAUUUGAAUCAGUUCCUGGACUUGGAAAUGCAGCCCCAUUUGCAAACCUAUCUUUAAAAGCAUUGUCCAAACACUUUAGGUGCCUAAAAAAUGUCAUCGCUGACCAAACGCACUACACAAUUAAAAUUCAUAGCCAUAGUAGUCAAAUAAACUGUGAUGAUUCUACAAGUACAAGAUCAGUUGGGAAAGGCAACUUUAAUCAUAAUAAUUUCCAAAGAGUUGCUAUACACAACGCUGAAUUUGUUGAGCAUCAUCAGCCUGUUUGGCGACCACAAAGAGGCCUACCGGAGCGUGCUGUAACUGUUCUUAGGGCUUGGUUGUUUGACCAUUUCUUGCACCCUUAUCCCACAGAUUCUGACAAAGUAAUGUUGGCCAAACAAACUGGUCUUUCAAGGAAUCAGGUUUCUAACUGGUUUAUCAAUGCAAGAGUUAGACUAUGGAAGCCAAUGGUUGAAGAGAUACACAUGCUUGAAACUAGGCAAGCUAACAAACAAAAUAUCCAGGGCCAAAACAACAACAACAACAAUUCCAUUGAACAUUUUCCCACAAGUAAUAAUUCACUUCCAUCUACAUCAGCAACACAGCAAUUUAAACAAGUUUCAUCGAAGAGAACGCGAAAUAAUGAUCCAGCAGAUCAAAUGAAUUUAUCAUUUUCGCCUCCUUCUCGUGUUGGAAUCGAUCGAGUGAGUGCUACAUCAGGUGGAAAUGGUGGGGUGUCAUUAACAUUGGGACUUCAUCAUCAGAACAAUAUUGGACUUGGGGGCUUAUCAUCAGACCCUUUCCCAAGAAAUGCAGCGCGACGUUUUGGUAUCGAUGCAAAUAACGAGGAAUUCAUGUUUGAUGAUGGAUUUGAAGCACAAAAUCGUCAGUUAGGAAGUGAUCAUAAUAAUAAUAAUAUUGGAGGUCAAUUGUUGCAUGAUUUUGUUGGUUGAAAUAUUAAUUUUCUGCAUUUUGUCGCCUUGUAUUGGCAGAUACCAAUCAAGGAUUUAAAUGUAUUGAUCGUGAAUUCAAUUUGUAUAUUACAUGAAGUUUUCUUGCA